AAUGUUAGAAUUUUAAAAUAUUAUUAAUUUCAGGACUGCCAUGGAGUGCCCGCUAUCCAGGGAAGUGCUCCAGUAAGGGAUCAAAUUGAUAAUUAUACGCUAAUGAGGGGCUUACAGAACGAUACGCAUACAGUGAUCGAGUUCCGAAGAGCUUUUGACACCUGCGAUCCCGAUGACUACGUUCUAUCGAGUGAUACAGUUCGAGUAAUAUGGGCCUUGCAUGAACAUGAUCCUCAAAUAGGUGGCGAAAUGGUGUAUCAUGGCAAUCAAAGAGGAUCACAGAGCCUUCAUCUGUUAAGUCCCCCACCUGUACCAAAAAUGAAUUUAGGUCAUUCUAGUCACUGGGAUGUGGUGAUCGAAAACUUCAAUAUCCCACAAGAAAUGACAACAUUGUAUUGGUGUAAAGUAUUUAAAGCUCCCACGUUAAACUCCAAGCAUCAUAUAAUUGGAUUUGAACCACUUAUUGGAGAACACUAUUCAAGUAUGGUGCACCAUAUUGUCAUGCAUGAAUGUGAAUUAGAUGAUGACGAGGAUCUAGCUAUUUGGGAACAAUUUGCCAAAGAGGAUGGAAAGUUAUGUCAUUCGAAUAGAGCAACUUUGUGGGAUAAGUGUUUAACACCUUUAGUAUCUUGGGCCAUUGGAUCUAAAGGAGAAAAUUUUCCUUCACAUGUUGGACUGCCACUUGCAGAAAAAAGGGACUCUUUCUAUAUGCUCGAAGUUCAUUUUGACAAUCCGACUAAGAAAAGCGCAUCUGACACUUUCGGUUUAAGACUUCAUUAUACUAGUGAACUUCGAGAAAAUGAAGCAGGAAUUUUAAUAACGGGAGUGGCCCCUUCUACGUUACAUUUUAUUCCUCCUUAUCAGAAUGAAUACAAGACUGCAGGAUACUGCAGCAUCGAGUGUACUAGAGAGGUUAUUCCUAAAGAGGGCAUCAAUGUUGUUUCUGUGAUGUUACAUUCACACUUGGCAGCUAGAAAAAUGAAGUUAAGGCACGUUAGAGGUUUAAAAGAGCUAACACCAUUAGCUGAGGAUAAUCAUUACGAUUUCAACUACCAGCAAUCCCGUGUUCUAUCCCAAGACAUCCCUAUUCUACCAGGAGAUGGCCUUAUCACUGAAUGCACAUAUUCAACUUUAAAUCGGAACAAGCCGACACUGGGAGGAUAUUCUACGCAGGAAGAAAUGUGCCUUGCAUUUAUAUUACACUACCCAAGGACGCCGUUAGCUGGAUGUUAUUCCAUGCCUCCAGUAAAAACCUUUUUUGAGAAUUUGGGAAUUAAAGAAUUUUACGAAAAAAAUAUGGGUGAAAUCGAGAAAGUCCUUCUAGAAGGAAAAGUUGACAGUAAAACUACAAACACCAUGGCAAUCUCUAAAUCUUUUAAUAACAAAUCUAUUGAGGAAAUUUCUUCGGAAAAAAAUGCAAAAGUUACAGUAUCUCUUAAAAACGCAAAAAACCAACUCAUAGAUGAAGAUGAAAAGGAAAACAUUUUCGAUAAGUUAGUUAUUAAAGAACCGCAAGAAUUUAGAAACUUGACAUUUACAGAACAUCUACAUAACAUGCCUUACAAUGAUACAAUGUUUACCAAAACUAUGGAAAAGUUUUUUUAUAAAGGAUUACACUUCACUUUUUGCAGAAAAAGAACAGAUAGUUUAGCGAUGAAUGAUGAUCAUAUUGUAAAACUCCCAGAAUUUCAAGAAUAUGAGAAGAAAGAAAAGGUACAUUGUAGCUACAGAUCAAAAACUCAUCCAACAUCCCAAACAUUAGGGGGAAACAUUAAUUCAUUAGCUGCUAAAUCCAAGGUUUUUUGGUAUUUAACUUUUGCUUGUAUAACAGUGCUUAAAUUUAAGCUUUUGAUACUUACCUAAUAGAAUAACCCUAAAGAAAUAAUAAAGACCUAUACAGAAAUUAAAUUUAAAUUUAAAAUAAAAUGAAUUUGUGAAGACAGCGAGUAAUGAAAACACUUAAAUUACAUUCACAAAGUAUUAUUUAGUUUUAAAUUUAUUUAUGAUUUAGUUCUAACACAGAAGAAGAACAACAAAUUGUCCUUUCUUCUGUAGUUUUACUAUUUAUGAUUUAGUUUUACUAUUUAUGAUUUAGUUUUACACCUAUUUAAGAUUUAUUGUUACACCUAUUUAUGAUUUAAUUUACAC